AUGAGCUACAACCAAAGCGGCUGGCAUAACCCUUACGACGGAUACAGUCCCAACGAGCAAUUCGGCGCAGCAGGGCACGAUGCCAACAGGCCGGAUUCUGCCUACCAGCUUGCGCCAGCAUACUACGACACCAACGUGCGCCAUCUCUCACCUCCCUCCUCGACGCUGCUGGACACAGUGACCAAUUCAUCCAAUUACCAAUCCACCCUCACCUCGUACCAAAACGUGUACCCGCGCUACCAGGACAUUCUUGUCAACGAGGGGCGAAACCCCACGAACCACGUUUCCAUUACACGACAGGCCGUCACUUCGGGCUCCCGUCUGCUUCGCUUGUUCUAUCCGAAACCGAAGAUAGUGGAGACGUUCUUCAUCGAUCCUCACCUCAAAGUCCCAGAUGGAGUCCUCAAGGCCGUCAAGUCGGGAAGUUUCGGUCGCGGUGAGGGAGAUGAACAUCAUGGACAACUUCAGGGGUCGAAUGGGCGAAGACAGAACCGCCAGUCAAAACAACGAAAGAACGUAAAACUCCAGUUGAUCGACGGCAAAAUGGACGUCAGCAUCUGUUUGAUAUCUGACGACGACCCGCUAUCCGCUUCGCGCCUCCGCAAAACGACAUCGACGACUUCGAAUGCCCCUGAACCUCGCCCACCAUUCCUCCUACGCGCACGAUGUACCUCGGAACCACUAGAAGGCCGCCAUGAUCAAGACGUCACUGGUACACCAGCGCUCCUCUCCACAUCUCCCAUAACACUCUACCUCCCACGCAACAUCGACCAACACCUCUGGCUUUCACCGGGCAUCCGGUCGACUUCCAGAGUAAUGCACGAAGAUACGCUUCGGAGGGGGUACUUCCUCGGUGACGUACCAGAUGUGGACGAGGGUGUCGAAGAUAUCAUGGAGGAAGGGGAAGAUGGAGAGGAUAGGACUGUGGUGGAAGGACGGUCCCAGGUUCGACCAGUACACCAUCGGCGCAUGUCGUCGAGGACGACCACGUCAGCGAGCGUGUUGGGAGAUGGAGAGGAGUGGUUAGGCGACAAGGUCGAGCUUGAUGUUGAGGAUGGGAUCAUCCGGGUAUUGUUCGAGGACGAGCGGUUGGAAGGGGUGGGGAAGUGGAGUAGCAAGGGUUGGAGAGUGAUUCUGUAG